CUGCAUUCGAAUGCGUGAUGCAAAUCAAGGGGGAUCAGUGAUCAACAUUUCAUCCAUUACUGGCCUUAAUCGUGGGCAAUCACCAGGGGCUGUUGCCUAUGCUUCUGCAAAGGCAGGUGUAAACACCAUGACAAGGAUCAUGGCUUUGGAAUUGGGGGUGCAUAAAAUCAGAGUGAAUUCAAUAUCACCUGGAAUUUUCAAAUCGGAGAUCACAAAUGCUCUUAUGCAGAAAGACUGGUUGAGAAAUGUGGUUUUGAGGACUGUCCCUUUAAGAACGUCUGGCACCACUGAUCCAGCAUUAACCUCGCUUGUCCGAUACCUAAUCCAUGAUUCUUCUGCAUAUGUGUCUGGCAACAUUUUCAUUGUUGAUGGUGGGACCACAUUGCCUGGCAUACCAAUUUUUUCUUCUCUUUAAACAUAUGUGUUGCACAAUUGUAACUGUUCAAGUAAAAAUUAAGUGUCAUGUUAACAGUUCUCGAAUAGUGUUUUGUGAAGUUCUUUGUAUGAAACCUGUAUUUUGAUCUUUUUAGUAUCAGUUGAAUGCAUCUUAUCCGUACGAUUCAGGCAACUUGCUGGUUGCUAUAAUGUGCCUGCAUUGCCUGGUGCCUAUGAGGCUUGGGUCUUUUGUUUAAAGGUGGGAUGAUGGGGUAUUGGAGAAGAGGUCUACUUGUGGAUGAGAUGGGAAUUGUAUCUUUUUUUUUCAUCAUGUAAGACUGAAUGGAUUCCUUUGAAAUUAACAACUUAACAAUGG